AUGGGUUUAAUAUUUCGCUACCAAGCUUUGCUGCUCGCCUUGUUCAUUCCUUUCUUUGUGGCGCUUACAACUGCUGUGGUACCCUUCAAAGUCGUGACCUCGAUCGACAACACAUUACCUGAUGGGCAAGAACUCAAUGUCCACUGUAAAUCCGGGGACGACGAUCUAGGCGCUCAGGUCAUACCCAAUGGAGGUCAUUACGAAUGGAGCUUCAAAGUUAAUGUAUGGGCAACAACGCUUUUCUUCUGUUCAUUUAAUUGCAAAGACGGAUCAGGAACAUUUGACAUCUACAGAGCCAGUCGGGAUAUCAUUAGAUGUGAAGACAAGUGCAACUGGAAAGCUGCCCAAGAUGGCGUGCAUGGCUUCAACAAAGACAAUCAGGAUGACUUUCUGUACAAGUGGGAGGCACCACAAGUGAAACCAUAA